GUUCAUACAGGGAUAGCGGUCGUCCUCGCCUGAACUUCACAUAGAAGGACACAAAUAGGAGCUGCGGCAUCACGGACGAAUCAGAACGGACCAAUGAAGGGUUGCAGCAGCGAAAACAACAUGUAACAUUCGCCACUGGAUAUUGUAGAGUGGAAUUUGUUGUAGUGCUGUCACUGAAUCCAUUGCUGCAGGCGCCUUGUUCAGGAUUUCUUUUUAAAAAGUAGACCUUUUGUUAAUCAUCGUGAACUGGAUGGUUACUCGCUCAUAUAAGGUGGCACUAUUGUGAAACGCAAGUGAGGUUUGCUGAGCUGCAACAACCUGAUCAAUGAGUUUCACUGCACCAGGGGUGUUUCCCGAAGAAUCCCAAGACAUGAGAGAGCACGGCAGUUUGGGGAUGCAGGUCCUGGACACCCCCAUGGCACCUGGGGUCCGCGGGCUAGAAAUGGCUUCUCCGAACGGGGCGCGCACGUUCACAGAUGAGGCCGUGUCCAUCCUGACUUCCAGCAGCCUCCUGGCACGUUCCUUGCUGGGGCGCAACACAGCACUCAAGCGCAAGGAGCAAGAGGAGACGGAGAGCCAGGCGGCGGCCAGACGCAAGCGGGAGUUCAUCCCGCAGGACAAGAAGGACGACAGCUACUGGGACAAGCGCAAGAAGAACAACGAAGCGGCCAAGCGCUCGCGCGAGAAGCGCCGCGUCAACGACAUGGUACUGGAGAGCCGCGUGCUCGCCCUGCUGGAGGAGAACGCUCGGCUGCGGGCCGAACUGCUCGCGCUCAAGUUCCGCUUCGGCCUCGUCAAGGACCCGUCCAGCACACCCAUCCUGCCCCUCACUGCCCAGUCACCCCCCCCAGCCCAGCACUGCUACCUGCCUUCUCUCCACCCAUCUCAGCCCUCAGGCCUGCAGCUGGGGCCUCGGAGCCUGGGUGGCGCUGGGGGUGGCGUCACCAGCAGAGGUGACAUUGCCAUGGGCGACGCGGGCAGCAUGUCGUCCGAGGACUCGGGCUUCUCCACUCCAGGCGGCUCCAGCGUGGGCAGCCCCGUGUUCUUCGAGGAGCGUCUCGCUGGAGAGCGCGACAUCAAGCUGUCCCCUCGGCCCAGUGCCGAAGACCAGGCCUGCGAGGCCCACCUACACCACCUCCACCACUCCGCCACCGCUGGCGGCAGUGACGGCCUGCUGCACCACGCGGCCGGCCCGGCAGGCUCCCCCAUGGCGCUGCACCUGUCUGGGGAGCUCUCCCAAGUCGUGGGGAAGCUGGAGGGCAGCGAGAGCAUGAAGUGCCUCCCCCACAAGCUGCGCUUCAAGUCUCCCGGCUGCUCUGACACGCCAGUAGGAGACAGCCGCGGCAGUCCACACCCGACCACCAUAACCAGGGGCUCCUUGCAGCCACACAUUGAUGGAGGGGAAGGCACCGUGGCAGGGUUCUGGUCCCAGGAAGGAGAGCAUGCAGCCCCCAGCGCUGGUGGUGGUGGACAGGGGCUGAGUGAUCCUUCGAGUCAGGCCGAGACCCACAUGCUCAAGUCCCAGCUGUCGUCUCUCUGUGAAGAGGUGGCGCAGCUGAAGAGGCUCUUCUCCUCACAGUUGGUGUCCAAAACCAACUAAUGUGCACCCCUUACCAACACAUCGCACCCCCAACCCCAACUCAGAGACACCUUUGGUCAACAUCUGACAUCACCUCACAAAAAACAGACCUGGCCUUCUUCAUCUCCUCAACAUGCACACAGGGACUGGGUGAAGAGAAUAAAUGGUAGGAAAACAGUGGACAAAAAGAAGAGAGCAAAAAUGGACUGGACCUGUCACAACACUACCUCUGCUGAAUCUGAGAUAAGAAAGACAGGGAAAAAACAAGAGAUCACAAAAUUAUCAACUGCCUAACACACUCCUCACUGUAUAAGUUCUUAUGUGAAAUAUUUUGUGUAACACUGUUGUUUCUCACUGCCCUAGUCACUAACUUGUGUCACACUCGACUGACCGUGUAUGUACUGAAUACUGUAUGUCCCAGUGCAAAUGGCAGCACAGUGCCAGCUACGUACGUUGUUCACUCUCGCCUCCAACACUGAAAAGACUGGCCCCUUGUAGUACUUGAUUACAAACAUAUACGUAUCUGAGUGACAUGCCGGUGUUCCAGGGCCAUCUUGAAGAUAAGAGAGGAGCACUAUUUGAACUGAAAAUGUAAACUCUACUUUUUUAAAAGACAAGGGAGACUCUAGUGGACUUUCCAUUAAAAAGCACAGCUUUGAAGCUAAGAGGAAUGAUGUUGGAGGCAGUGUAGCAGGGGGUCUAAGAUGCCCUCAAACACUGUGUGUGAGUGUGUGUGUGUGUGUCAGGAAAUCUGAAAAUUACCUGAGUUUACAGCACACACACUGUAAACUUUACAUUUGAUGAUGGUAAUUGUCAUGUCUUGUGUCUUGUAAGCUUAUGUAGUGAGUUUUGUACAUGUGAAUAAAUACAUAUUAAAAUACUCUUGACCUUGA